CUGAGAGAGCUGUUUAACACAGCUCAGGCAGCAAUUGGUACAGGGACAGCAAACCAGGCUGCAUCUGCUCAGCCCCAGUCACAAGCUCCCUGCUUCCUGUGUGUGUGUGUGUGUGUGCGCUAGACACAGGCAUCGGCUCCCAGCAUCUCGCUGCCUCCUGCAUCCUCCAGCAGCAAGUGCAGGGCUCUGGCUCCUCGGGUACCAGCCUCGCCUCUCCAUCCCCUGGCGGGGAUUUGCAUGCGGGGCGUGGGAUGCAGUGAGCACCCACGGGUGGAGAGGGGGUCGUGGCCAGAGGCAGCAGCUAUGGGCAUCGUGUGGACUGCUCUCUAGGGCUCGCGCUCCCCAGACGGACCCUGACCCUGAGCCAUGGGGGUGCUGAUGUCCAGGCGGCAGACGGUGGAGAAGGUGCAGAAGGUCAGCUUGGCUGUGUCGGCCUUUAAGGACGGGCUGCGUGAGCAGCCAUCAACACGGCGGCGGGCAGAGGCGGGGGCCACACGCCGUGGGACGCUGGAGCAGGAGGUGCAGGAGGGAGAGGAGGAGGCAUCAGCAGGACCUUCCCAGCCAGAGGAGAGCAGCGCCAGCAAGGCGGCCUGGGAACGGCUGCGGGAUGGCCGCGGCGUGGAGCCGGAGGAGUUUGACCGAGCCAACAGGUUCACACCACCCGCCUUCAUCCGGCCCAAGCGGGAGCUGCAUGAUGAUGAGCCCCCCGACAUCAGCCUGGAGCAGCGUGAACAGGUCCUCAAUGACGAGAUGUGCGAGAUCUGCGAGGUGUGGACAGCCGAGAGCCUCUUCCCCUGCCGCGUCUGCAGCCGGGUGUACCACGACGGCUGCCUGCGCCGCAUGGGCUACCUGCAGAAUGACAGUGCUGUGGAGGUGAUGGAGACGGCGCACACUGAGACGGGCUGGAGCUGCUACUACUGUGACAACCUCAACCUCCUGCUGACGGAGGAAGAGAUGUUCAGCCUGAUGGAGACCCUGCGGCACUGCAAGAUCAUUCCAGAGACCUGUCUGACCCUGGACGACUUCCUGCACUACAAGCACCUGGUGCACAAGCAGCAGUUUGAGCGGCCCAUGGCCGAGGCGCAGGAGGAGCAGGCAGCCCUGCAGUUCUCUGCCCUGGACCCUGACAAGAAGGGGCACAUCGAGUGGCACGACUUCCUCUCCCACGAGUCCAUCCAGCUGCUGCAGAAACUGCGGCCACAGAACGCGCUGCUGCGGCUGCUGACGGCCAAGGAGCGGGAGCGAGCACGGGCAGCCUUCCUGGCCCUGGACCAGGACGGUGACGGCUUCAUCAGGGAGGGUGAGUGCCGCCGAGCCCGGCACAGCUGGUUCCGCAAGCACCAAAAGGAAAUGCCAUCCUGCAGCGUCAGCAUCAGCCAUGUAGGGCCCAUGUCAGAGAGCAGCCCCACCAGCAGCGGCAGCAGCAAGAGCCAGAAGACCCCGGCGGCUGCAGAGCAGGAGGAGGCCAGGCCUGUCGACUGGGCCAGCUUCCUGCGGGAGAACGUCGCCUACAUCCUGGCCGCCCGCCCCAACAGCGCAGCCCUGCACCUGCAGCCCCCCCCCGCCUAGACCCGCCGGCGCCAUCUUGGGCAGCGACGCUGCUCCCGCCGCGGAGACCCACCUGCCCGCCCUCCCACUGUUGGGCAGAGCCGGGCACCGAUUGGCUGGUAGGGGAGCGGCUACCCCGCCCUCUCCCCUGCCUCGGUUUGUGAUUGGUUGUGAGGAGGAUGGGUACCAGGCUCUGAUUGGGUGAGGGAGUGGGUGUGGCGCUUGGGUCUCUGAUGGAUGGGGAGGAAGUGGGGAGUGGCAGGGAGUGGCCACACUGCCCCCCCACCCACAGGCCCCCUGUGGGGAGGGGUCCUGUGCCUGGGGGUGCCAUGAGGCACAGGGGACUCCCCCACAGAUCCCACUGCAGGAGGGGUCCUGUGCCUGGGGGUGCCAUGAGGCACAGGGGACUCCCCCACAGAUCCCACUGCAGGAGGGGUCCAGUGCCUGGGGGUGCCAUGAGGCACAGGGGACUCCCCCACAGAUCCCACUACAGGAGGGGUCCUGUGCCUGGGGGUGCCCCGGGGCAUAGGGGACUCCCCCCCAGACCUCACUGUGGGGAGGAGUCCUGUGCAUAGGGGUGCCAUGGGGCACAGGGGUCUCCCUCACAGACCCCACUGUGGGGAGGGGUCCUGUACCUGGGGAUACUAUGGGGCACAGGGGCUGUCCCCCACACCCCACUGUGGGGAAGGUUCUGGUGCCCAGGGAUGCUGUGGGGCACAGGGGCUGCUGCCCCUCACACUAUGCUGUGGGGAGGGGUCCUGUGCCCAGGGAUGCCAUGGGGCACAGGGGUCUCCCCGACAGACCCCAUUGUGGGAAGGGGUCCUGUGCCUGGGAAUACUAUGAGGCACAGGGGUCUCUCCCUCAGAACCCACUGCGGGGAGGGUUCUGUUGCCCGGGGAUGCCAUGGGGCACAGGGUCUGACCCCCACAGGCCCCACUGUGUGGAGAGGUCCUGUGCCUGCGGGUGCCGUGGGGUACAAGGGUCAGGGAACCUGUUGCCCCCGUGAUCUCCAGCCCCACGGCAACACCUCACCCACCAGCACCUGGAGCCAUUGGGGAUCCAUCCCCAUGGAUCCCCAGCCAGAGCAGGGUCUGCCCCAAGGAAGAGUGGGGCUCACUCUGAUCCUGGAGCUGAGUGCAGGUAGUUUUGGGAUGAGAGGGGAACCCUGGGCAGCCCUGCACUGCCAGCCCCCCACAGUGCCAUGGAGCAGCACGGCUGAGCCUCCGUGCUGCUGACAGCUGCACUGUGGGUUCAGCAUGGUGGAUCCUGGUCAGGAGGACGUGGCUGACACCCACUUGGCCUCUUUCACAUCCCUGCCCAGCUUCAAGAGCGGCUGGAGCCCGGCGGGUCCUCCCUUGCACCCGCAGCUCAUGGCCAUGUCUGUGAGAGUGUUUCCCAGCACAGCUCGGUGCUGCCCUGCUGGGGAUCAACCAUUUAAUGCCAACACAGUAUCACAGUAUGUUUGGGAUUGGAAGGGACCUCAAAAGAUCAUCUAGUCCAAUCCCCCUGCUGGAGCAGGAACGCCUAGGUGAGGUCGCACAGGAACUUGUCCAGGCAGGUUUUGAAUGUCUCCAGAGAAGGAGACUCCACAACCUCCCUGGGCAGCCUGUUCCAGUGUCUGUCACCCUUACUGAGAUACUGUGAUACUGUGAUACAUUGUGGGAAAGAGCACCAGGAACAGAAGGCACCAAGGGAACAGGAGGGCAAGGUUGGAUGCCCAGGAGCGCUCCCCUGCAUCCCUCAUCCCCUCCUGUCCCGCUGGUCCCACAGGAUGCUCUCUCCCCACACAGCAGUACGGUCCCACACCAGCCCUGUUUGCUCCUGCUCCAGCCCCAGCACAGCACCCUCACCUCGCUGGGGGCGCCAGUGCCCAGGGUGAGAAGGAGGAGGCAGAGCCUAGAGCCCCCCAGGGUGUCAGCUGCAGGGAUGAGGCACUGGCUGGGCAGGGUUGAUGCCCAGCGGCCCUGAGGUGAUGGAUGCCCUCAGCCCACUGGUGAAGGAGCAGGGACCCCUGGAAACCUGCGCUGUGCAUACCAGGGGUGGGGAUGCCCAGGUCUCAUGGCAGCCCCAGCAGCUGCCCCCCAAAACCCACCCCGAGUGCCCUCAGCCUUUCCUCUGGCGUGCCCUGGGCUCAGCCCAGGGUGUGCACAGACCAGGGGUGCACCUGCAGCACCCUGGUCCCUCCCUCACCCCCACCUCCCCCCCGAUGUGACAGGGACUCCGUCCCGCUCAGCCCCCCCUUUCCCAGGGAGGGCACAGAUCCCCUCUCCUGGGACUCUCCCUUCUGCAAAACUGGGAGGCACACCAAUGCCAUGACAUUUCCCUCUUCCGCCCUGGUGUGCCACACCAAUGGGGAUAUUUUGGAUGCCAGAUAUGAGAUGGGGCCAGAGCCAUGGCCAUGGUGAGGAGGCGGCCGUGCGUGCGUGGAUCGCAACACCCGCUCUGUACUGAGAAGCAUCCAUUAAACAGCUGUGUCCAACUA